AUGGGUGGUGUUUCAGUUAAGGACGUCGAGGCGCAGAAGUUUAUCACUUCGUACGCCGCCUUCUUGAAGAGGCAGGGAAAGCUCCCCAUCCCAGGUUGGGUUGAUACCGUCAAGACAUCGCACUCCAACGAGCUGCCUCCUCAGGACAUCGACUGGUUCUACGUCCGCGCCGCCGCCGUCGCCCGCCACGUCUACAUGCGCAAGACCGUCGGUGUUGGCCGUCUCCGCAAGGUCCACGGUUCCACCAAGAACCGCGGCUCCCGCCCCUCCCACCACGUUGACGCCUCCGGCUCCGUCGACCGCAAGGUCCUCCAGGCGCUCGAGAAGAUCGGCGUCGUGGAGAUCGACGAGGACAAGGGUGGCCGUCGCAUCACACAGUCCGGCCAGCGUGAUUUGGACCGCAUUGCGCAGACCACUCUCGAGGCCGAGGAGGAGGAGGACGACGAGUAA